AAUCUUCAGGGAACAUUUCCAGUAACAUUAAAUACUUCUAUCUUGAUUUGUUAUCUAUCUGAGUUUAACUUUAACAUCAACUACUAUGGGUCAAAGCAAAAGCAAGUCUCAAGCCUUCUCCGAGGACAUUUUCCACUUCGAGCGAACCUACACCAUCACCUCUAAACUUGGAUCUGGAGGAUUUGGGCAGAUCUACACUGCUAUCCACAACACUACCUGCAAGGAUUUCGUCGUGAAACAGAUCAACAAGAAGACCUCUCUGAAGACAGAACUUCUAGAAGAUGCCACUGUUCCAAGGGAGGUGAAGACCAUGGUGUCUAUCUCCCAUCCUGGUGUUAUUGAGCUGCUAGAUUUCUACUCUUUCCCCAAACAUUACCUCAUGAUCCUGGAGUACCUGCCUGGCUGGAAGGACCUGUUCGACUACACAGUUAACAUCAGAUACCUAGACGAGGAUAUUACGAAGAAGAUAAUGAAACAAGUCCUGGAAGUCCUGGAUUACCUCCACUCAGAACUGAAGAUAGCUCAUCUGGACAUCAAACCUGAGAACAUCCUUAUCAAUCCUGCCGAUCUGAGUAUCAAACUCAUCGACUUUGGAGCAGCCACCUACAUCACUGGAGACAACCUGACAACAUUUGAGGGAACUCGACAAUUCGCCAGUCCAGAUAUCCUCUUCCGGGGCAAGUACGAUCCUGUAAACGCUGAUAUCUGGGCUGCAGGAGUGAUGCUCUACAGACUGGUCCUGGGUGGAUUCCCUUUCAAGACUCCUGAAGACUACUACAUUCAGCUGAGGUUUCCCAAGAAAAGACCAGAACUCUCAAUCUUCUGUAAACACCUCAUAUCUCUCAUGUUGUGCAGACAAUCGGAGCUCAGGCCUACAACCGUCAAGGAACUUCUCAAAACUCCUUUUAUGAUAUAA